GGUUUGUGCGGCUUUAUGGGAUGGUGUGAGCUUAGCGCGUAGUUUGCACCCGCCAGCCGAGUCACCGAGAUGUACCAGCUGGAGAAGAUCUGGGUCCUGCUGUGCCUGGCCCUCGUCGGCGUCCUUGGCUUUGGCCAGUUCCACAUGAAGCACUACCAGCUGCAGCGCAACUACAAUACGCAGGAGGAUUCCGGCGAGAACGACAAUAGUGUGCUGCGAACCUUUCGCCGCUGCAUGUGGGAGCAGUCGAAGUUCCUGCCCCGCCGCCUCGUCCUUUUGAGCCUGUGCUCGAAUCUCUUCUGCGAGAACAACCACAUAAUGCCCCGCUCCAGGUCUAUUUUCGUAGUGGAAAAAAUGUCUAGGCCGAAUGACUGCCUGGACAUCCUGCCGGAGCAAUGCGAGCAGGGCGAUGAGGAGGAGCUGAUGUACAAGCCCUUCCCCGACUGCUGUCCGGUUUAUUGCAACCUGAAGCGUCGGAUGCAGCGCCUGCGCACCAUGCACUUCCGGCACCGCCUGCUGCGCAACAAACAGGACGGCUCCGCGGGAUCCGCUGGCAGCGGAUCCGCUGGUGGCGACGGUCCCAGCAACUCGCUGCUCAGCGAGUUUGUCUACAACAACUACUAGGACGACAGGAUGGUUGCUCGGCAGGAUGGCGAUGGCCAACUAGGACGACGCAACGGGGACAAUCCAGCAAAUCAAAUUAUUCUGCAGUUUGUGCACCGCUCAACUUGCAGUUCCGCACAAAAAGGCAGUCGCGUCACCUCAACACUGGGCGGAAAUGGAUCCAGAAUUGAUUUAUUCGGAUUGUGUUAAUCUCAAUAUGUAGGCUAUAACAUAGAAUGUAAUAUACAAGCUGGUAUUCACCAAACUGAGCACGUAAAAUCACAAUGAAGUGGUUGCAAUGUCAAACUAA